AUGCACUACACGAAGGAAAAAGAAACUGACCCUGAAAUAAGGAGACGAGAGUUAGUAGAGGGCCAUGUUACUGCUAUAGAAAAAGCAAAUAAACUAUCUUUGACAUUUCAAAAUUAUCUUAUAAAUAUAUUACCAGACGAAAUAACUAGUGAUGUUAUUCAAAAUAUUAGGAUUUUCUUAAGGCCUGAUGAUUUAGAAGAAGUAUCUGUGGAGAGAAGUAGUCUAGGUAUAUGUGGCUCUAUUUUUUGCAAUAAAAAGAUAUCUUUGAAGACUCACAAUUUUAAUUGUAACUGGAAACUCGACUCCAAACAUGGAAAUAUAAUAAAAACGUCGACUUUGACUAUGUAUUGCUCUACAAUAUGUUAUUAUCAAAUAUUAAACUUUAAUCUAAAACUUUCAGACAUAUCUCCACAUUUAAGAUUUGAUACUCUUAAGAAAAUAGAAGAGUGGCUAGAUCAAAAAGAUUCUAACAAUAUUAAUGUACAUAAUAAGAGUUAUAAUCAUACAGAAACUAUACAAAAUAUAAAAGAAAAGAUUAUAAGUAGUAAACAACAAGAGGAAUCUAAUAUUAAACAGAUUUCAAUUAAUGACGUAACUAAAGAGCAAGAGAAUGAACACAAGGAUAUAGACAAAACCAAACAACUUGCUCAUAUAUUAAAACAAGUAACUACCUCAAGAAAAUAUUAUAAAUGUGAUGAUGAGGAUACUGAAAAAAAUUUGAAGGUCUAUGAAUAUCCUACAGAAGAUAUAUAUACUUUAAAUAGUGAUUUAAACAAUGAUUAUUCCUCAAAGAAUAAUGAAUAUGAUACAAUAUCUACAAUUGAAAUAUUGGAAACAAAUAUGAAAUUUCAAGAUGAAGAAGAUAAUUAUAAUAGGUCCUAUACUUUUGAAAAUAUGAACGAAAUUUUAUUAUUUGAACAAAACACUAUAAAUUUGACCAAAUUAUCAUCCAAAUAUUAUUCAUCCUUAUCAUCUCAAGCUAUUGUUAUUGAUUUAUUAACUUCACUUGUAUCAAAAAAAACUUAUGAAGUACUUUAUUCGGUGCAAAUAAGGGAAUCCCUGAAAUUUGAAUAUAUAAAGAAAUCACAAGAAAAUAACAAUGAUGACUCUACAUUGUGGGACAUUCAAGAAUUAAAAAGAAAGGAAAUUCUGCAAAAUCUGAUUAUCAACUAUAUUAAGAGUUUUAAUUGGAAUGAUCUAUCUGUAAUACGUCCCCUAUUUUUACUUAUGAAUACAUUUAAUUAUUCACUUCGUGUUCCAAAUCUAAAUCAGAAUACAGCUUAUCUUUUAAUUGCUAUACUUUACAAAGUAUUAUUAGAUAAAAAGAUAAAUAAAGGCCAAUUAUUUUGGGAGUAUAUAAAUAUAUUGGAUAAAGAAAUUAUAUGUAAGUUGGAGUAUUGGAUUAGAACUCAUCUAAAUUGCUAUGAUUCCUCAGUAAUUCAGAAUAUUGUGAAUCUAUUUAUUCAUCAAGAUUUAAGUUAA